CAUAAACAAAAGCUUCCUAAGCUGUUUGUUUUUCUCUUCCUUUUCUUCUCCCCUUCUUAAACUUUUCCUUUUCUUAGAACAACUCUUUAUUACCUUAUUUCCUCCAAACCUUGAACUACCAUCUCUUUACUUUACUUCCAUAAAAAAGUAGCUUAGCUAGCUACUUUUCAUAUACCAAAAUCAAUAACCAAACAUAUUUUGCUACAAGUUCUUCUCUCAUGAGAUCAAUAAAUGGUGUUUGAAAUUUCUUUGGUGGGUUUUUUUCAAACAAAAAAAAAAAAAACCAUUUUUUGUUGUUGUUGAAGGUAAGUUCUAAGUAGUAGAGAGCAUGCCAUCAACAAUACCUAGCUAGUUAGUUCUUCUUUUUCCACCCUUCAAAGUAACCCAAAAAUCAAAGAAGAAAAAAUAGAAGCUAGAAAACAAAAACAUAAAACCUCUCAAAAGUAAAUCACUACCUAGAUCCUUGUCUAUCUCUUUCUCUUUUCUAGCUCUACUUUUUUUCUCUUCAAUUUUCAAACAAUCUAGCUAGGGUUGUGAUUUUGUGAGGAUAUUAUUGAUCUUAGAUUAUAUCAUUUAGAGAAGAAAAAACCCAAAGAAGAAAAAGAAAAAUCAUGGAUCAAGUAUCAGCACAAGGUCGUCCUCUUCCUUUUCUCACUAGAGAUCUUCAUCUUCAUCCUCAUCAUCAAUUCCACACCAACCACCAAACCAAUGAAGAAGAACAACAAAGUGGCAAUGGCAACUUAAGCCGAGGCCAAAAACGAGAACGAAACAACAACGAUGAUACUCCCACAGGCGGAGAAGGAAAAGACGAUGGAGGCAGUGGAAGUGCGGGAGGAGGUAGUGGUGGUGAGAUGGGAAGAAGACCAAGAGGAAGACCAGCAGGUUCUAAAAACAAGCCAAAACCCCCCAUCAUUAUCACGAGAGACAGCGCAAACGCACUCCGAUCCCACGUGAUGGAGGUCGCGAACGGAUGCGACAUCAUGGAAAGUGUGACGGUCUUUGCACGGAGGAGACAGCGUGGUGUCUGUAUCCUCAGUGGAAGUGGGACCGUCACAAACGUGACUCUCCGUCAACCAGCAUCACCUGGUGCGGUAGUCACACUUCACGGAAGAUUUGAGAUAUUAUCUUUAUCUGGCUCUUUCCUGCCGCCGCCUGCUCCACCAGCAGCGUCAGGAUUAGCCAUAUAUCUAGCUGGCGGACAAGGACAAGUAGUCGGUGGAAGCGUGGUGGGACCGUUGUUGGCUUCCGGUCCCGUUGUUAUCAUGGCAGCUUCCUUUGGAAAUGCAGCUUAUGAAAGGUUGCCUUUAGAAGAUGAAGAAACACCAGUGAAUGUGCCAGGAAGUGGAGGGUUAGGGUCACCAGGAACUAUGGGAACUCCACAACAACAACAGCAACAACUUGUGGCAGAUCCUAACACUUCAUCACUUUUCCAUGGAGGAGUUCCUCAAAAUCUUCUCAAUUCAUGCCAAUUACCAGCUGAGGGCUAUUGGGGUGGAAGUGCUCGUCCUCCUUUUUAACCAAAAAAAAAUAUGUUAUUCACUUAAUCACUUCUCAUCAUGCUUUUCGUUUUAUCUUUGUUUCUUUUUUCUUAUCUUAAUUUGUUUUGUUUUUGUUUCACCCCUUUUACUUUCUCUUUAUCAUCACUUGUUCAUUCUCCUUCUUAUAACUUAGUUUAAAUUGAAGACUUUUCUUUGAUCA